CACACGCGCACACAGGGCCCCGCUCGCUCCGAGAUCCCCGGCCACGUAAGUAACUAUUAAUACCGCCUCGCCGGGAGUUGCGGGCGUGCUGAGCUCGGGGAUUGGCCUCGGGCACCAUCGGCCAUCCCCUUCAAUUUUAAAUACACAUUCUUACCUCUGCGGAAGAAAGAAAAAUAAAUAAAUAAAAGACGAAGAAGAAAAGGCAUCAAUUUUCUCCAAAACAAACCCCAGCGGGCAAUUUGGGUUUAGGGUCGGGGGAGACGGAGUGGUUGUAAAUUAUUCCAAGGCAAGAUCCAGUUAUCCAGCGGGAAAGGAACGCCGCAGGUUGGCUGGGGGCGCAUUCCCUUCCAGCGCCCGGAGGAUCCCCCCCUCCUCCCGCCCGGAAGCUCGUGCCGGGGGAAUCGGAGACCAUUGAUCUACCCUCGUCCGUACCCGCACUUCUCGCUUUAUUCGGAGGACGAUCUGGAGCACGAGCGAGCUGCGACAGCAUGAGCCUGUGCUGACCUCCGCCCGGCGGAUCAACCCGGGCUUUGUCGCGGUACCUGCGCCCAGCCGGCGCCGCAACUCUGUGCCCGGCUUUUGCAGUCUUUUGUUGGCAGCGGUGACCGCUCUAAGUUAAAUGCUCCCUUGCUAUUCUUUUUCUUCUUCUUUUUUUUUUUGUCUGUUUGUUUAAAUUUUGGAGAGCUCUUGCGAUCUUGGAAAAGCCUCAGACGCCAUCUACAGUUAAAACGUAGGUAACUACCCUCGCCGGCGCCCCCCCUUCCACGCCCCCCACCCUUUCCACCAAAAAAAGGGGUGCAGCGCGGAUUCUGUCUGCCGUGCGGCGCGAGCCGGUAGACCCGUGCUUAUUUCCUUUUUCUUUUUGUUUGGUUUCUAACGCGUUGAGACCAAGCUGCUGCCGUGCGCUCCUCGAAGAUUGCACAAACUACAGCAGGGCUCCUCCGCCCCGUCUGCGAUUCGGAAGGCUGCGUGGGGAUCGCUUCGGGAGACCUGGCGCUGCAGCUCCCCACCUUAGCAGUCCGGUUACUCGUCUAGAUCCACGUUGGAAAGAGAAAGAGAGAGAGAAACUAAAAGUGCGGAGAUUCUGCAAAUCGCUGGCUGCUUUGGGGUAACAAAAGGACCCGAGUUACUGCCGACUGAGCACCCCCGGGAGCCGGGCUCGGAGCAGACGAGGUGCCCGGCGGCGCCCAUUUGGGGGCUUCUAACUCUUUCUCCGCGUAGCCCCCUUCCCGUCCCCUCCCCUCUCGUUCCCUUUUAAAAUCCGUGGCACGGAGGCGCCUGCAGCCGCACUCGCCAGCGACUCAUCUCUCCAGCGGGUUUUUUGUUUGCCGAGUGCGAUCCCCACACUCAUGAACAUACACAGGUCUACCCCCAUCACAAUAGCAAGAUAUGGGAGAUCGCGGAACAAAACCCAGGAUUUCGAAGAGUUGUCGUCUAUAAGGUCCGCCGAACCCAGCCAGAGUUUCAGCCCGAACCUCGGCUCCCCGAGCCCGCCCGAGACUCCGAACUUGUCGCAUUGCGUUUCUUGCAUCGGGAAAUACUUAUUGUUGGAACCUCUGGAGGGAGACCACGUUUUUCGUGCCGUGCAUCUGCACAGUGGGGAGGAGCUGGUGUGCAAGGUGUUUGAUAUCAGCUGCUACCAGGAAUCCCUGGCCCCGUGCUUUUGCCUGGCUGCGCACAGCAACAUCAACCAAAUCACCGAAAUUAUCCUGGGGGAGACCAAAGCCUACGUGUUCUUUGAGCGAAGCUAUGGGGACAUGCAUUCGUUCGUCCGCACCUGCAAGAAGCUGAGGGAGGAGGAGGCGGCCAGACUGUUCUACCAGAUCGCCUCGGCUGUGGCCCACUGCCACGACGGGGGGCUGGUGCUGCGGGAUCUGAAACUGCGGAAAUUCAUCUUUAAGGACGAAGAAAGAACUCGGGUCAAGCUGGAAAGCCUGGAAGAUGCAUACAUUCUUCGGGGAGAUGAUGACUCCCUCUCUGACAAGCACGGCUGCCCUGCUUACGUGAGCCCAGAGAUCUUGAACACCAGUGGCAGCUACUCAGGCAAAGCAGCUGAUGUGUGGAGCCUGGGAGUGAUGCUCUACACCAUGUUGGUGGGGCGGUACCCUUUCCAUGACAUUGAGCCCAGUUCCCUCUUCAGCAAGAUCCGGCGUGGCCAGUUCAACAUUCCAGAGACUCUGUCGCCCAAGGCCAAGUGCCUCAUCCGAAGCAUCCUGCGGCGGGAGCCCUCAGAGCGGCUGACCUCGCAGGAAAUUCUGGACCAUCCUUGGUUUUCUACAGAUUUUAGCGUCUCGAAUUCAGGAUAUGGUGCUAAGGAAGUGUCUGAUCAGCUGGUGCCGGAUGUCAACAUGGAAGAGAACUUGGACCCUUUCUUUAACUGAGCUUGUGCCCCACAGAGACUUAGUAGGUACCAGGAGCGAGAGAGGGCAGUGGAGAGUCCUUCCAGGGGACACGUAUCGCCUGGCUUGGUAGCAAGAAAGACACUGACACUCAAGUUUCUCGGUUCAAAGAAGGAGAACCUUCAAGGAGCUGACUGAACAUGUAGCAUGGGGGCGAGAGAUGCGGGGUGGGAGUCUGGGGUUGGUUCAGCAGGGCAGGUGCCCCUGGAGCUUCUCUUCCCUGACAUAGCCCCCUGGAGACCACCCCCAUCAGUUGGGCUGCUUCUGCCUACCCCACUUUUCAUUUGUCCCAAAAUAGUUGCAGAUCCCGACAGAAUCAAAACUCUCUGCCUCAAACACACAUCUUGGCAUCGCACUGUUAGCUUUUAACUUCUUGUCACGAUUCAGGGAAGGUACAAUUGGCCAAGGAUUUUUUUUUUUUUUUUUUUAAAAAAAACACCCCCCUAUUAUUAAUGGGGUUUAAUAAAAAAAAAAAAAAAAAAAAAUUCGGUGCACACAGACUGACCAGAAACCUGGGUGCUAAGCUAAAAGAAAAUAGAAGUCCAGUUUGUGUCUCCUUAAUUGCUCUUUUCAACUCAUUUCUUCUAAAUAAACUAUUUAAUAUCCUGGUCAGGAAAUAACAUGUUGAUGCUUUGCUCCCUGAAGGGGAAAAAAAAAAAAUCUGUCCUUUAACAAGCUAUUCUGUUCUGUGUCCAUGGGUUUGUGACAGGAAGCUAUUAGAAGUCAAACUUCUAGAUGCAUUAACUGCUAUCGUAGUUUAAAGAAACAAAAGAAAAAAAAAGGAAGGGAAAGGAAAAGAGAAAUUCACUCCCGAAUUUUUUUUCCUUCGAACGAUGAGGGCUGCCUCAUUGGGGGUCCUCUCUGCUGGGAUGGGGGCAACGGGGUGAGAUCAUGGGAGGUGCUUGGAGUCUGAAGCUUUUCCGACACUCUGGUCUCAGCUACACCUUUUGUCUUUGUUUUAUUGGAAACUGGUGAAACCAAGCAGGUUGUCCCACAUGUAUGAAAUACAGGGCAGCUAUUUCCUUUUCUUUAGGAAGAAUGAUCCUUUUGGCUUGGAAGGCCCUCUGGUUUGGACAAAAACCCUCGGUAGAGACAAGCGGCAAGAAAAAUCAGCUGGAAGCUAGGAUGAUAUAAAUAAAAACAGCUCUCUCUUAUCCCAAUACGCACCUUUGUAUUUUCAAGAAUUCUUCUAUUUAUUAAGGAAAAUGUCACAUUGUGAUGUAUUAAGCCAGUACUUCAAUUACGGGUUGACUUGGGAUGACAUGUUACAUGCUGUAGUUAACAUCUAUAUAUUUUUUCUUGUUUGAGUAUUUCUGUCCCUGAAAUAACCUUUUGUUUGGCUUUUCUAGAUAGCUUUAUUUGAUUUCGAGUGGCAAAUGUUUGUUUUUGUUUUUGUUUUUGUUUUUUAUUAUGGCUUUUCUAUUUGCUGUAUGAUACAGAACUCUUUUGGCAUAAAUAUUUGUGUUUCCAGUACCUCAGUUGUUUGGAUUUUACUGCCUGUAUGCGUUUUGUGAAAUGGUCAUGUUUUUGGGUAGGUAACACGUGGACUCUAGUAUGUAAAUGUUACUUGAAUCUGUGCUUCAUUAUAGUAUGUGGCAUGUGUGUGCAGAUCUUGGAUGCUUUAUGCCUGCUCAGCAGGAGCCCGGCCUUCACGUUCCCAGGAGGGCGGCUUAACCGUUCAUAGUCAGGAGACAAGGCGGCCAUGGAUUUGCCCUUGAUUCUAUUUUGAUAAUGGAAGAUACAAAGGAGAGAGUUUUUUGGUUUUGGGUUUUUUUGUUUGUUGUUUGUUGUUUUUUUGUUUUUUGUUAUACAUUCUGAAGAUGGUGCUGUGUCAAGAAGGACCCGUUUUUUCUUCCCCGGCCCCUAUCUUUUCAGUACCCCGUAGGAGGAAAGAUUGGUGAUGUGCAUGGUGGGAAUCUAUGGCCUCUGGUGCUUUGUCCUGUAUUUGGUUUAAUGUUUUUGUCCUAAUCUCUUCAAUCAAUAAAAUUGUGCGUAUUUAACUAAAA